UAACAGUAUACUGUCAGCGUGUAUGACAUGUUUUUAUUUAUCUGUUCGAGUCGAAAAUAAUAUGGAUGAGCUCCCUAAAGUUUUAACUGCUCUAAUCACGUAGAAAAAUCAACAGGUUGCUUCCUGCGAGUACGUGAGUUGUGAGAGCGAAAUGGACGAAUUUAGUAUAAUAAAGGCGGAGAGAUUAGCUCCAAUAAUAAAGGUACAAGAUAUGGCUACGGACGAGAAAACUCCGCUCGCUAGCAGCGAUUGGUGCUCUGGUGAACCGACUAUUACGAAAGGUGAUGUGAAACAAGAACCUACGAUGGACAUCACCGAUGCAAUUGCAGUUUCUUACUUCAGCGACUCGAACGGUACGGAAAUGCGCCAUACCGCUGUUGGUGAUAGCGAUGCGAGACCCUUUAAAUGCGACAUCUGUGACGCAUCAUAUAAGAGUCGUUAUGUUCUAAGGAAUCAUAUGAAGAUCCACAAGGUCGAGUCCUUCCCAACCAACACGGAAGGUUUGGAGCCAAAUCGGACUUAUAAAUACACCUGCGACAUAUGCGGCAAACAGUACAAACGAAUGGUACCAUUUCACCUUCAUCUGAAGCUGCAUCAGAGCACCACUGAGAUUAAAACUGACAACACAAAGCAGCACGAGUGUACGGUUUGUGGAAAAGGAAAUCCAACUAGAGCACUGCUCAAAAGGCACAUGCUUAGUCACACUGACGAACGGCCUUUUAAAUGCACUAUUUGCGGUUCAUCAUAUAAGUCAGCUCAAGACGUGAGAGUCCAUAUUAGAAAGCACAACUCCGAGAUGCCCUAUGAGUGCGAAUUUUGCGAAAGAAGGUUUCUGCAUUCUUGCACGCUAAAGGAGCACUUGUUUUGCCAUACUAAUGAACGGCGUUUUAAAUGCAAUAUUUGCGAUCUAUCGUUGAGGUCAGCAAGCGGCCUAAGGUAUCAUAAACGAGCGCAUAUGCGUGAGCACAAAUGUUCGAUAUGUGGAAGAGGAUUCCGUUUUCCCCGAUUGCUCGUACAACACAUGUUUUGGCAUAGCUCGAAGCCGUUAUGGAAAUGUGAUAUUUGCAGUUCAGUAUUUGAAACGUAUCAACUUCUGGAUGUUCACAAGCAAGAGCACUACUCGAAGAGCUCACAUAAAUGCGAAAUUUGCGACAGAAGAUUUCCAUGUUCUUACAGGCUGAGGCAGCACAUGCUUCACCAUAGUGAUGAUCGACCCUUUAAAUGCAACGUUUGCAACUCAUCAUUCAAGUUAAAUCAGUAUCUGGAAGCUCAUGAAAAAACGCAUAAUACGAAGCGCGUUGUUCACGCGGAUGAACGACCUUACAAAUGCGAUGUUUGCGGUUUCACGGGCAAGACAAGAACUUCGUUGAGGGUGCACGAAAAAACGCAGAACCACGUGAAGCGGACGUUACUCACAAAUGAAAAUUGAUCAAUCACUAGGGUGUGAAACUAAUGCAGGAGGAUUUGUUUCUAGUGUAAGUUUUACUCAACUUUGGAUGAUUUUUACCACUCAAAGUUACAUUCACGGUUGCGUAACAUCGAUUGUUUGUAGAGAUGCACCGAAUAUUCGGCCGCCGAAUAUUCGGGCCGAAUAUCAGCAAAAAUUGGAUUUUGCCGAAUAUUCGGCUCGCCGAAUAGUAAGUUUAUUAUUCGGCCGAAUAUGCCGAAUAAGCCGAAUAGUGGCCAAUGAUUAUCAGAAAAUAAUAUAAAAGUGUAGUGCAAAGUUUUUUGGGCGGGAGUAAACGAAAACUGAAGAUAUAACUUAGGCUUAGAAAGGAAUGUAUCUCAUUAAAACGGAACACGAACCGCAAUCUCCACAGAAUAUCUCAUGUCUUGUCUGGAUGAGGUAUAUUUUUUCUGAGCCAAAGUCACAUCCCCAGUUCUCGUUUUUCAAAAAACUUAAAAUGUAGUUGUAACACAAACUUUUAAAUUGUGUUAACCAUAAUCCUCAAAAACAUUAUUUUUAAACGAUAACUUAAAAGAACAAAAGUAGGUGCGCCACGGAUUAGCGUGCCUUAUUCCAUAGGCGCAAAAUUAAUAAUUUCUUGUGCAAUAGUUCGGACAAUUUUCAAUCGUUUUCGUACAUGAACAAUUGGAAAGCGAAAGAAACAAUUUAAACUUCAAACAAUGACCAUUUGGUUAUUUUGUUAUCAUACGAUCAAUGUUGUGUUCAGCCGAAUAUUCGUCUCACCGAAUAAUGGAAAAAAGGUUAUUUGUUUGAAACAAUAUAUUUAUAUAUCGAAUAA